GCCGUCUCCCGCUCAUCGCCAUCGUCAUCGCCCACCCGCUUCUCACCUAUCCCUGCUGCCUCUCGUAUUCAACAUGACCAGCAUGAACGAGCCUGCUUCAACCACAGCAUCAUCUCCCACUCACCAAUCUCAAGCUGAAGCCAGAGCAACCUCGUCGAUGCCCAAUAUCAACCAGCUCUCACUGGAACACAACCCAGAUAUCUUCACCAUCAUUUGUUGCAACGACAGCUUCCAGCUUGCCCUCGAUCACAGCACCAUCUCAACCCUCCUUCGAGUGUGCAAACGAGUUCGCCCUCUCCUGAGCUCCAAGGUGCCUCGCUUCCACAGCUGGUGGCGGAAUGUGGGGCUGUGGCGUCCAAAUGGAUCGCUGCGGUUCGCACUCACACCGAGCGAGCAGAUUGCCCUCUCGCUGCAUUGCGAAUACGAAGGCAUAGCCGACCGAUCCUGGCUUGAUAAUCAAGCCGAUCUGGGCAAUGCUACUGCAUUGUUCUUCUUGGCGUGGAUCCACCAAAUCGAUCUCGACAGCCAGCAGUCUGUGAACAAGCACAAGCAGGAGGCCAUCUGCCAGCAAAUCUUCCUCUAUCUGGAGAAUGCAGCCAAAGGUGGCCAUUCAAGGGCCCAGUACGACCUAGCUGGGUUUUAUCUCAACGGAAUUGAAGUCGACAAAGAUCACACCAAGGCCGCGGAGCUAUACCGUGGUCCUGCAGAUCGUGGAAUUCCUCAGGCUCAGGUCGCUCUUGGCCGAUGCUACGAGAUCGGCAAAGGUGUCGAACAAAGCUACGACACGGCCAUCGAAUGGUAUUCCAAGGCUGCCGAUCAGGGCAGCGAAGACGGUCGACUCCACAUCGUGUCGCUUCGUAGAUGGCUCUCGUUCAUCGCCCAUGGUGUCGGACAGAGCGAUGUCGAUGCCUUCAACCACUGGCAGGAAGUCAGCACCCAAUCCGACGAUCCAGUCAUCAAGUCGAUCGCCACCCACAUGGUCGGAUGGAUGCACUACCUCGGCCGGGGCACCGUUCAAGACAAGCAGAAUGGUGUCAAGAUCAUCCGAGAGAACAAGUCGGAUGUGUUCAAGCUCGGAGAGGACGAGUGUCUGGCAUAUUGGAGUUCAACCUCAUCCGACUCACCCGUAGCCUGCAAAUUCUUCAAUCUCUGCCAGAUGGGAUCGGACCGUGACUGGCUGUGCAGACAUCUCAUGGCUAUUUGUGUGUUUCUUGGAUUCGGAACCAAUCGGGACCCGGAGAAAGCAGCGGUCAUCUUUGGGCAACUCGCCAACGACGGCCACAGCGACAGCCAGUUUUGGAUCGGAGUGUGCUACUUGAGUGGCUUUGGAGUUUCGGAGGACUAUGAGAAGGCAUUCAAGUGGUUCGGCAAGUCUGCCGACCAAGAUAACUCGUAUGGGCAGUGGUGUGUUGGAUAUUGCUACUACUUGGGAGAAGGAGUGCCCCAGGACGGCAUCAAGGCGAUCGAGUGGUUCCGCAAGUCGGCCGAACAGGGCAAUCGAUACGGACAAUAUUUUCUCAGCGUCCUCUACCAGGAUGGUGAAGGUGUCCCUCAGGACAUUGACACCGCCAUUUUCUGGCUCUACAAGGCUGUCGAACAAGGAUACGAAAGUGCCAUCAUCAAACUCUUGCAACUCGACGAGUAGCUCUGAUUCCCGAGUUCCUUCGGGCACCACCUCCAAUCAUCCUUGUCGCAACACUGAUCAUACUAUCCAAGCAACCAAGAUGUCCUUGCCGGGCUCCAUGAUGCCAAACAGAGGUCUUGCAAUGUAGCGCCGAUGAAACAACAAUGGCAUAGUUGCGUUGUGAUGGACAUUCAAACAUUCCAGUAUUCGUGACAGCGCUGCCCCAUAAAAAUGGCUGAAGUUGAUCCACCGAGAUAAUCAUCGCAUGACUUGACAGUGACAACGACUAGAUGCACCUCGAUUCAAGGCCCAGAGGGUCGGACAAGUCAUUCAGGGGCGGACUCACACUGCAGGGAACCUGGUGGAAUUGAUAUCUGGUUGCUUGAAUUCAAUAAAAUAUGCCGAGAACCCAAUUGCAUUUUGACUGAGUCGUCGAUACGUUGGAUGAGAAACUUUAUAAUGGCCUCAGUAUUUUCCUUCUAAUAUGAUUAUUUGUUU